AUGCCGCGCAGCGAGAUACAUGACGCAAUGAACGUCGACGUUCAGAACGGCUCGGCCCCAGCUGAUCUGCGCAGCGAUCGCGAUUCUGCCGACACUACAGAGCACUCUGAGCCACUGGACUCGAGCAAAGACAAGAUGAAUGGCAACGCCAAGGCAGAAAAUGGUCGCAAAGCUGCUAAUGCCAAGGAUCCUUCGCGACCGCGCAGGAAGAAGGCCCGCCGGGCCUGCUUUGCCUGCCAGCGAGCCCAUUUGACGUGCGGCGACGAGCGACCAUGCCAGCGCUGUAUCAAGCGAGGGUUACAGGAUGCGUGCCAUGACGGUGUCCGGAAAAAAGCAAAAUACCUCCACGAUGCACCGGACGGAGCACUGAUGCCCGGUGUCGGCAAUAACAGCAGUUUCUACAAUGACAAUCUCCGCAACAGCCUGUCUAUACCUGGCCACGGCGGUGGCACAAAUAAACAGACUCCCCAAUCGAACAGUAACAGCUACUACCCCACACCGCAGGCACAGGCGCAGCCGCAGGCAGGGUCCUACAAUUUGUACCAGGAUACGUUGAACCAGAGUCCAUUUACGACACAGUCACCCGUAUCGCCCACAUUCAACCUCAAAACUACCCAAAACGGUCGGAACCCGAGUUUAUCAUCCGUGACCCAACAACCUACUCCAAGUACCGCGCUCUCCGGGGACACCAGCCAGUCCCAAAAUCCUUUCGCCGGCCCGUUCUUCGAUCCAAGCGACCCUGCCCUUUUCAAUUUUGAUUUAUCCAGCAUGAAUUUUGAGAAUCGAUAUGGUGCCCUCGAAUUCGGGAUGUUAGGCCACAUGGCUACGGGCGCCGGUGACUCUCCAAGCGACUCAGCAACGCAGCGUGGAUCGAUCGGCCGGAGUGGAUCCGCACAGUUCUCCACGCCAGCUCCAGGGUUUGGAGAAAGCCCGAGCAAUCAGCCGUUCAUGUUCGGCGAUCCGUUGCUCAAUGAUUGGUCGACGGGUCAAGCCUCGGGCCAAACGCAUGUGAACGUCAGUGGUGUCUAUGGCCAGAACGGCAUGCUGCCUACACACAUGAAAGCAGAUGGGCCGCAUGCUUUCGCUAUUGAGAGCGGCCCUGCCAACUUCACCAGCCCUGCCGAUGCAAGCAGUCCACAUGUGAACCCCGCAACGUUCGAUGAUGGCUUCAAUGGCUCGGCUUCCAAGGCAAACAGCCUAGCCCCUAAUGGCCAGCGACCGAUGAUCACUACUCCUAGCUUAAAACACCAACAACUGCAGGUCGGAUCGAAACGACGUCAUCGCAACCCAUCCUCCAUCUACGAGAGCGUCAAGGAACCCUACGCAUAUACGAGUGGCUUCCACAACCUCACUGCUUUCAUCCAACGACGCUUUUCCCCGUCCAAGACCGUGCGCAUCGCCAAGGCACUAGCCUCGAUCCGCCCUUCCUUUAUCGCCACGACGAAAACCCUCAACCGCGAUGACCUCAUUUUCAUGGAGAAGUGCUUUCAGCGAACGCUCUGGGAGUACGAGGAUUUCAUCAACGCAUGCGGUACCCCCACCAUCGUCUGCCGACGGACGGGCGAGAUCGCCGCCGUCGGCAAAGAGUUCAGUAUCCUGACUGGAUGGAAGAAAGACGUGCUUCUAGGCAAGGAGCCUAAUAUGAACGUCAAUACCGGUGGCGGUCCAUCAGCCCCAGCGUCCGGCACAACCUCUCGUGGCAGUUUUACGCCACGCAGCUCGGUCGAACACACCACCGGCCGUCCACAGCCCGUCUUCUUGGCCGAGCUCAUGGACGAUGAGAGCGUAGUGGGAUUCUACGAGGACUUUGCGCGCCUGGCAUUUGGAGAUUCUCGGGGUAGUGUGAUGACCCGAUGCAAGCUCCUCAAAUACAAAACUAAAGACGACAUGGACGUCGCCCAAUCGGACGAGAAUGGAAAAUGGAACAACCACCUUCGCAAGGGUGGGAUUGCCGGAGAGGCUGGUAUGAACCAGCUUGGGUUUAAGGAUGGCAAGGUCGAAUGCGCGUACUGCUGGACAGUUAAGCGUGAUGUGUUCGAUAUCCCGAUGCUUAUCGUGAUGAAUUUUCUGCCCUGCAUUUGA